ACACUUCCUCGCAAUAACUCGGCGUGGCUUCGAGCUAAGCAAAGGAGUCCACAAAAAAAAUACAAAGAGAAUUAACAUAGAUAAAAUAACUUCAACAAAUUGUUGCUGCUGGUGUCCUCAUUUUCGCUUUCAUUUUAUUUUCUGUUUUGUGUUUUGGUAGUGUGAAAAUAGUUUCAAUAUGUGGGCCAAUUUAAUUUAUACAACGAUUUUGCUAGUAAUUUGUAUUACGGACACUUCAGCCAAAACCGGUUAUGGCCCUGGCGAACAGGAUUGGGGUUAUGUCGAUAUACGCACUGGCGCUCACAUGUUCUAUUGGCUUUACUAUACCACUGCUAAUGUUACCAACUAUACUGAACGCCCACUUGCCAUUUGGUUGCAAGGUGGUCCCGGUGCUUCCUCUACGGGCUAUGGAAAUUUCGAAGAGUUAGGUCCACUCGAUUUAUAUGGCAAUUAUCGCAAUCACACGUGGGUGAAGGACAUGAAUGUGCUCUUCAUUGACAAUCCCGUUGGCAGCGGCUACAGUUAUGUUGACAAAGUAUUCUACUUGACUAAGAACAACGCAGAAAUUGCUUUAGAUUUGGUUAGACUAAUGAAAGGUUUCUACAAGCUUCACCCCGAAUUCGAAACAGUGCCUUUGCACAUAUUUUGCGAAAGCUAUGGGGGUAAAAUGGCACCUGAGUUUGCCCUGGAACUGUAUUAUGCUAUUCAGCGUGGUGAAUUGCGCAGUAAUUUGGUUUCGGUGAUAUUGGGAGAUCCAUGGACUUCCCCGAUUGACUCGGUAUUGGCAUGGGCGCCAUUGUUGCUAAAUAUGGGUAUUGUGGAUAAAGAUGGUUAUGAGAAUAUUUCGGAAUCUGCCAACAAAACCCUAGAGUUGAUCAAUCAGGAAAAAUGGACACGUGCAGCCAUCCAAUGGGGCACAACACAAAGUAUUUUAUUGCGUGAGUCGAAAGGUGUGGACUUUUACAACAUUGAGACACCAACAAGUGGUGAAUCCUAUUCUGGACUUUUGUUAAGUACUAACAAUAUUAAUGAUUUGAUGUAUCGCACUAUGGUCCAUUACGAUAUUGAUGAGGAUCCCGACCAAAUUUUGGAAGAUUUGAUGCAAGGACCAGUUAGUCAAGCUUUAAAUAUUUCCUCCAAAGUGAAGUGGGGAUCUCAAAGUGAUUCCACAUUCACCCGAUUAUAUGGUGAUUUCAUGAAGCCGGUGAUACACAUUGUUGAGGAGCUGCUGAAUAGCACCGAUUUGAAGGUGGGUGUUCUCUCUGGCCAGUUAGACUUGAUUUGUGCUACUCCUGGCACUGUAAAUUGGAUUGAAAAAAUGCAAUGGAGCUAUAAGUCCGAUUACGAAGCUGCACCACGUGUUGGCAUUAAUGUUAAUCGUAUUUUGGAGGGUUACGAGAAGAGCGCUGGUAACUUUACGAUGUUCUGGAUCAAUCGUGCUGGACACAUGGUGCCAGCUGAUAAUCCCGCAGCCAUGAGCUACAUUUUGCAGAAAUUUACCAACUUUGGCUAAGGAAAAGGCAAAACACUAAUGUGAAUAAUGAGCUGCUGUUUUGCUUAAUAUUUUUAAUAAAAUUCAUUCGAGUUCAUGAUUUUCUAAUUAUUUGUGGA